GAGCGUCUAUGAUUAGGGCUGCGGUGAGGGAAGGAGGCUGCCACUGCGGAAGGUCAAGGGGCUUUUACGCACAGUUCUCUUUGACCGCACACCACGGGCCGCUUUUGAUUGCACUGUAACAUUGUGGUGAAUCAGUGGCUUUGGCUUGAAUACUGAAGGAAGAAUUGAAUAUGUGCAGUUGAUCUCCAGGGAGUGAGCACAGUGUGUAAAACGUCUUGGAGUUGGUAUUCAGCAUGGCUCCGGAGAGCGCGUCACUCCUGAAAGCAGGGCUUAUGCUGCUGAUGGCAGCUCAAGUCCUUCCAUCAGCGUACGGCUGCGACAGGGCUUUCUACGAGAGGGUGAUCAAUGAUUUCUGCAUAGCUAAGUUCAAAUUCGACAUGGAAGGACUGGACCGAGGCCUGUGGUGCAGCUGGCCAGACACCACGGAGAUCUAUGAGGGACUAACAAACUGCACCUACCAGGUGGCACUGAGGGUCGACUGCUUCUGGCCAAAUCAGAUAGUCGACCGCUUCUUCAUGCAGAUUCAUCGCAUCUACUUCCACGACUGCGCUCUGACUGGCCGCCUCAUCCACGACCCACCCACCAGCAUCCUCGCCCCGUUCAUCGCAGUGCCGGUACUGGUCACCCUGCUCAUGACUGCCCUGGUGGUGUGGAGAAGUAAACGCACAGAGGGGGUUUUAUAGAGACUGGAUUUGGGCUUUUGUAAAUAUAUACGGACUCCUGACAGGCAGAGACUGGGCAUGUGAUAAAGGAUAUUUUUGGGUGAUUUUGCAUAAUUGAUGUACUUAUUGUCCUGAAAUUGUGUUAUUCCCAUAUUAAUAUGUUUAUGGACGGUGCAGUAAAACAAGAACGUCUGCUUAAAAACUGCUAGACUGCAGCAGACGCUGACCUUAAUACACUAAUAUGUAAUAAAUGUUCUAUUUGGUAUAAAAAUAGAA